AUGGUAAGAGAGGUUGAGAGUGGGGACUAUCUUAGUACUGACCAUAUGGAUAGGUUCGGAAGCAUACUGGAUGAAAACACUGAGUAUCAUCCUGUAAGCUGUUUGGCCAUUGAUGCAAUGGAAGGUGUUUCGGCUGUCGCUACACCUCACAUACAAAUUCUGUUCUCGGGGAAGAUCGACGCCAGUUCUAUCGGUCAUUGGAUUGUGGUCUUCCACGAUGGCAGUAAUUUGUAUGUGUACGACAGUCUGAACAGUGCCCACCUCACUGCAGACCAAACUAAGCUGCUCUCCCUUCUGUUCCCGGACCUAUCCAUCGUUCCAGCAUUUAUUCCCGUCCAAAGGCAAGAAAACGGUUUUGACUGCGGCGUAUUCGCCAUUGCUAAUGCUACUUCACUUGCCCUUGGCCGGGACCCAGCCAAACUGCGCUAUGAUAUACCAUCAAUGCGCCCCCAUUUGGCUGAAAUGCUGCGCACGGGUAGACUGGAUAUGUUCCCUACGCUAUCAGUGUCCUCUCCUCCUGAGCUAAUAAUCAAAGAUCCUAAUUCUACUUGUUUAAGCAUUGUCGAAUCUUUACCGCCAUUAGAAAUAAGUACCAUGUCCGUCUGUGCUCCAGUUAAAAAGGGGCCGGGUAGACCUAAAAAAGUGAAACGUGGCCGCCCUAAAACUCUUUCAACCACUAAGGAGGAGCAGAUAAAAAAUUCAAAGAAAAAGUACUCCUCAAACAAUCCUCAAGUCAACAGGGAUGCUGUUCAACGUUACACUGAGCAGCACCCUCAGGUCCACCGAGAUGCUGUCCAGCGUUACACUGAGCAACAUCCUCAGGUCCAUCGAGAUGCUGUUCAGCGCUACACUGAGCAGCAUCCUGAAGUUCACAGGGGUGCUGUUCAGCGUUAUACAGAAAAACAUCCUGACACAAAUUUACAAAAAUGUCCUCAUUGUCAUGCAAGGCUGUUCGAUGAAGAGAAGGAUAGGAAGAAAUGGUGUUGCGGUGAGGGAUCUUAUAAAGUCCAUAAUUUACCUCCUCUGGACGCCAGUUUCUAUUCUAACCGUCUGUUCAUCGAACGAGCCCGUGCCUACAAUGACUUGUUUGCCUUCUGCGCUCUCGAGGUGACUGGGGGGUACCGUCAUCCUUCAGGCCUCGCCUUCUUUAAGAUCGAAGGUAAGAUGUACCACCAGGUUCACAGUCUGGACGCUCCAGGUCAAAAGUUUAGGACCAAGGGAGGUGAUGUCCAGUUUGUGAACCGGUGCCGCCUGUACAUAGAUGAUGGCGAGGAGCGCAAAAACAUUGCCAUGGGUAGAUCAUUGAACUCAGAAGUCAUUGAUGAAAUUAAUACAUAUCUUCUUUCCUGUAAUCCUUUCAUCAAUGAUUUCCGUAGAUUGAGUGAUGAGCCUUCAGUCAACGCUCAUUUGGAAUUUGAAGUGACCAGCAGAUCUACCCAUGGCCCUGUUCUUGGAGAUAGGCAAACAGGCAUUGAAGUGCACGCUGUAUUGAGCAAUGAAGACACCAUAACUGAUCCAAGAAAAUUGACCAUCUGGAAGAAGAGUGAUAGGCGUCCGUCUUCCGUUGACCUCUUUAGCCCCUUAAUGGAGCCUUUCCAAUAUCCGUUGCUCUAUCCUCAAGGUAAUUUAGGGUGGCAUAUUGGGCGCUUAGACAACCACGGGGGGAAACUUUCACAAUACAAUUACUCUAGAUGUCUCCUCCUCUCCGAUCCCCGUUUCUCGCAUUUCGGCAGGCUGUCUCAAGCAUGGCAGGUCGAGAUGUUCGCGAGGUACGAGGAGGAGCGUCUAAGAUUUAUUCGUUUCUCCCAAACGCGUUCUGCUGCUCAAAAUUCCUUGAGGAUAGGACCACUGGACGAGCUCCUUGAAGCUCAACGGGGUAGGCAAGCUGGUGGGCAGGUUUUAGGCGACAUCACCCGCGAUGAAACAGUCUUGGGUGAGGGUGGGGUGCAGGCUGGAAAAGUUUACCUCCCAAGUUCGUUUACCGGUGGACCCAGAUACAUGAAGGUACAUUACGAGAACGCAAUGGGCCUUGUGUCUCGUCUGGGUUCACCUACGUUUUUCCUGACGUUCACCUUCAGUGCUACUUGGGAGGAAAACAAGAAGGCCUGCCCUCACAACAGCGGGCGCAGUGACCCCUCAACAGCCUGCAGAAUCUUCCAGAUUAAACUUGGCGAACUCCUCCGAGAUCUGCGCAGCGGAGCAAUGUUUAGCCGUCCGGCACGUGACAUUGACUCCGUAAUACGCGCAGACAUCCCUUCGGAGGAGGAAGCCGCUGGAAGACUCAGGAAGUUGGUGCUGAAACACAUGAUUCAUGGUCCAUGUGGUACUGACCACCGCACCGACUUCCUGUGCUGGGACUCUGCAAAGGGGCACUGCAACAAGUUCUACCCCAAGCCUGCCUGCCAAACCACCCACGUGGACGAGAGGGGGUUCGUCCAAUACAAACGAGACUACACAAACGAAGGCUUUAUCACAUCACGGAGGAGACAGAUCAAAGUGCAUGAUGGCUGGGUCGUUCCGUACAAUUCCGCAUUACUGCUCAAAUACGAGGCGCACAUAAACUUGGAGCUUGCUUCUACUCGUCGCGUAAUCAAGUACCUCUUUAAGUACCUCAUGAAAGGCGGUUCUCUCCAGAACGUAACCGUCACUCCCCUGGGGAAACAAGAGGAUGAGGUCGAGCAUUACGUGACGAAGAGAAUGGUGGGUGCCAGCGACGCAUGCUGGCGUCUUCUCGACUUUCCUGUGUCAAAGCUCGAGCCCACCGUUGAGUGUCUUCCCGUGCAUUUAGAGGGCAAACAAAGUGUUGUCUUUCGGCCGAGACAGCUCUCUGAUGCAGUCACUCAAGCAAGCUCCAAGCUUAUGGUCUACUUCAAUCGCCCGCACCAUGAAACUUUUGACAAUGUCACGUACCAGACAUUUUACGAGAAGUUCAUGGUGCACACUAAGCGCCCACGUACUGCGGAAUUGUACGAACACCCCGAUGGCCAUCACUUUGUAACGACUCGCCAGCGUGGUGAGAAGGUAUGUAGGUUGAUGUGGGUCUCUCCCAACCGAGGAGAACAAUACUACCUUCGUAUUCUACUUAUGUCUACACCUUGCCGUGGUUACGUUGAUCUUCUGGCUCGUGGCGGUCCUGGUUGCCGGACGUUUCAGGACGUAGCCCGCAAUCUCGGCCUGGUGGAAGACGAAGAAGAAUACAAUCACGCGCUGCGCGAGGCAUCUACGUUUAUGACUGGACCUAGGCUCCGUUCCUUCUUCGUGAUCCUCUGCAACAUGGGAGCUCCCGCUGCUCUUCUGUGGGAGUCUUUCAAGAACCACCUUAGCGAGGAUCACUUAGAAAGGAACCCUCUCGACCCUGAACUGGCGGUGAAACUUACCUUGAUAGACAUCGAUCGGAGCCUCCGCCAGCAGGGAUCGUGCUUGAAAGAUCAUGGACUCCCCUACGUCGAGGAUGACACGACUGAGUUAGGUAGAGAGCUACUCAACUACGGCGAGAACCUCCAGCGAACCAUCGUUGAGGACUGGGUGCCCAAACUCUCCCCAGACCAGCGCCGUGUGUUUGAGUACGUUCGCUCUCUGCUUCUCAACCCCCGUGACCGACGCACUUCUAGAAUCAUAUUUCUGGACGGUCCCGGGGGUUAUGGGAAGACCUCUCUGAUUCGUGUCAUCCUUGCGUAUGUCCGUGGUUGUCGACAGGUUGCACUCGCCGUGGCUAGCUCAGGGAUUGCUGCAAGGAACAUGGAUGGAGGAACAACAGCACAUAGCAUGUUCCGACUCCCUCUAGACCUAGGUCACGGCACAGGUGUGUGGAACAUCACCAACGGGUCCCAGCGAGCAGAACUCAUCAGAGCAGCACAGCUCAUUGUGUUUGAUGAGGCCCCGAUGGCACACACCGCUACAUCUUCGAGAUGA